AUGGCUGCACAAGGUUCAACCCCAGUCCCUGCAAUUCCAAGGCCUGACAUUGGAUGGAAAUUUUGCAAACCACUUGACCCGAAUGAUACCAGUCAAUGUGUUUGCAAUUUCUGUUCUAAAGUCACAAAGGGCGGAAUUACCAGAAUGAAGGAACACUUGAUGGGGAAGAAAGGGAACGUUGCUCCUUGUCAUAAGUGUCCAAAAGAGGUUCGAGAUGAACUGUGGGGAUAUUUGAAUGAAAAGAAGCAAAAGGACAGCGAAGCAUAUGCAAGGGUCAGGCUUGAUCUUCUUGACGAAAUAUGUGAUCGUGGUGAUAGCGAUGAAGAACGUGCUUUUGAUGAAGGACGCUCAGAGAUUGCUGCCAUGAGAGACAAGGGAAAGAAAAAGGUUCCUAAAGGCCAGCUUGAUUUGUAUCUUCGAAAACCAGAAAGUGCAAUUACAAGGAAUAGAGUUGAGAAACUCAAGCAGGCAAGUAUUAGAGAAGCUUGUGACAAGGAGGCCACAGCAAGAGUUCAUCAAUACAUAGCCCGCUUUUGGUAUCAAGCUGGCCUCUCUUUCAAUAUGAUUAAGUUGGAAAGCUUUCAGGACAUGCUUGCAGCCAUUGGAAGCUUUGGACCUCAUUUGAAGGCGCCUUCAUUUCAUGACAUCAGAGUUCCACUCCUCACAAAGGAGGUGGAAUAUACUGAAGAAUUGUUGAAGGGCCAGAAGGAACAGUGGGGACGAUUUGGAUGUUCUAUCAUGUCCGAUGCAUGGACAGAUAGAAAGGGGAGAUCAAUCAUCAACUUUAUGGUCAAUUGUUCAGCUGGGACAAUGUUUCUAAAAUCCAUUGAUUCCUCUGACUUUGUGAAAACCGGUGAGAAGUUAUUUGAGUUGCUUGAUUCUAUAAUUGAUGAGAUAGGGGAAGACAAGGUUGUUCAAGUUAUAACUGACAACGGCAGCAGCUAUGUUCGUGCUGGUAAGUUACUACAAGAAAAAAGGCCGAACUUGUAUUGGACCCCAUGUGCUGCCCAUUGUGUGGAUUUAAUCUUGGAAGACAUUGGAAAGAUCCCUCUAAUAAAGAAAACAAUUGGAAAGGCUAUAUAUCUUGUUGGUUUCAUCUAUGGUCACUCUAGUACCUUGAGCUUGUUAAGGUUCUAUACCGACAAAAGAGAAUUGGUGAGACAUGUUGUUACUAGGUUUGCUACAUCCUACCUUACAUUGGAAAGGUUGCAACAAGAGAGAUCUCAUUUGAAAAAGAUGUUUGUGUCUGAUGAUUGGACAAAUAACAACCUGUCAAAAGAGACCAAAGGGAGGCAAGCUACAAAAAUUGUUUUUUCAACAGCUUUUUGGAACACUGUAUCUUAUAUACUCUUAAUCAUGGGUCCACUUGUGGAAGUACUGCGCAAAGCAGACAGUGAGAGAAAACCUUCUAUGGGUUAUACUUAUGAGGCUAUGGAUAAGGCUAAAGAAGCAAUUAAGAAAUCAUUUCAAGGGAAUGAAAGCAAAUAUUUGAAAAUUUGGGAAAUCAUUGAUGGGAGGUGGACAUGCCAACUUCAUCAGCCUUUACAUGCUGCUGGCCACUAUCUAAACCCGGAGUUCUACUAUAGUAAUCCUGACUUGGAGUUUGAUUAUGAGGUGACGAAAGGGCUGUAUGACUGUAUUGAUAGGCUGAUACCUUCUGUUGAGAUUAGGAGGAAGAUACUUGAGGAGCUGCCACUUUACAAAACUGGUACUGGCAUGUUUGGAGAACCAUUUGCUAUUGAACAAAGGAGCAAGAUUGCACCUGCUCAUUGGUGGAGAAUGUAUGGAUUGUCAACACCAAAUCUACAAAGGCUAGCUAUUAAGAUCGUAAGCUUGACAUGUAGUGCGUCGGGAUGCGAACGCAACUGGAGUGUUUUUGAGCAAAUUCACACUAAGAAAAGGAAUAGGCUUGAGCAUAAAAGACUUCAGGAUUUGGUGUUUGUGAAAUAUAAUCAAGCACUACUAAGGAGGUACAAUGUUAGAGACGAGUUGGAUCUUAUCUCGCUGUCUGACAUUGAUGAGUGCAAUGAGUGGCUGGUUGGGAGGAUGGAUGCGAAUGAAGAUUAUGUUGGAAAUGAGAGGGUGUUUGCAGAUGAAGACCUUACUUGGGAUAUUGUAAUGGAUGCUUCUGGACUUGGAGAUGAUCGAAUGACAACUAGGCAGAAAACAAAAAAAAAGAAACAAGAGUUCAAGUGCUGA